AUGAACUUUAUUAGUCAAUUUUUUGUAUUUCUCAUGCUCUUUACUUUAUUAAAUGGAGAGAAAGAAAUGGGUGAUUUAGAUUCUAGAAGAGAUAAUAACAACAACUUAUAUCAAGGAAAACUUAGAUUAUCAUCAAAUUAAUUUCAGAAAUAAGAAGUUGGAAAAUAUUAGAGAAAACUUUAAGACUGUAAACAAGAUUAUUUAAGAAGAUUUUGUAAAAUAUUAGAAAGAUAUUAAAUCACUAAAAAUCUAACUAAUAAGUGCUUUACUUCUAAUAUUGAUUGUCUAAUUCCUUUAUAAAUUUCGUGUAGUAUAAGCUAAUCAAAUAACUAGAAAAAUUAAAUGAAUAAGUAUAUAAAGCAAGGAAUGUAAAAUGAAAAAUUGAAAAGAUAACUUCAACAAUAUUAAAUGAACAGCUAAAGCUUAUUUAAUAACAGAUAACUAUUCAAUAAUAUAAUAGAUGUUAUCUCUAUAAUUAACAUUUCAUUCAUAGUUAUUUUCUCUAUAUUCACAAACUAUGGAUCAAUUAUUGGGUGGAUUUUUAUUCAAAAUUAAUAAAUAAUUGGUAAUUACAUAUUUACUCCUAAUCUAAUUUUAGUAUAAAUGAACUAAUUUGAAUUGAAAUCUAGCUACGCUCAUCAUAUAUUUACCAUUAUACCUAACAAAUUUUAAUUUUUAUCAUCUGACAAUCAAGUUUUACUUGAAUUCAACCAUUAUAAUACAAUACUUAAAAUAGAUGACUUCUGGAGCAGUUUGUUGAUCAACUGCUUUUUAUCUUUUAUCUUGCUCGGAAUAUCUAUUCUUCUUUUGUUUAUAUUUUCACUCUUUUAUAAAACUAAGGAUUUAGAUUUGACCCUAAGCUUACUUUAAAAAAUUUACAAUUUUAUUAAGUGGAAUAUUUUUGUUUAUCUGCUGAGAAUAAUUGGAUGUUUUUUAAUGUUUGAUUCGGUGUUUGUAUUAUAUUAGAAAAAUAACACCUCUAUAACUGACUACAUUUUCAGUGUAAUAUUUAUGAUUUUUUAUAUAGCGUUACUCACAUACUGGAGCUAUAUCAUAGGAUAUUAAUAUGAAAAAAUAAAAUUUGAAGAUAUCGCCCAAUACUAAACUCUAGUAUAAUAAAUAGACGUAUCAAAUAGAAUUUCAAGGAUAUUUUGGAUUUUAUUUGAAUGGAAAAAACUAAUUAUCUCGAUAUUUUAAGCGUUUUUUGUUCUAGAUUAAAACAAGUCAUAAAUUACUUGUUGGAUUCAUGUUGGAAUUAAUACAAUUUUUUUGAUUUAUUUAAUAUGGAAAAGGCCUUUCCUAUACAAUCUAGUUAAUAUUAUGAUAAUUUCUUUAGAGACAAUUAAUAUAGCUUUGAUUAUUUUUCUUGGCAUAAUAACUAAAGAAAAUAAUCUUUAGACAGCUUAAUUACCAUCCAAUUAUUUGACAUAAACAAUGCAUGACUGUUACAGAUAUACAAUGAUAGGAUUUAUUUCAUUGUCAAUAAUAUUUUAAACCUUCUACAUAAUACAAAAAAUAGUUAAUAGCCUUAAAAAAAAUUAAUAAACAGCUUAAGGAUAAAAAAAGCAAGAAUUAUGUUUAACUGUUUAGGAAACAAACGAAGAAAAGCAAGAUUAAAUUUACGAAUUUCUAUAUUAAUACAAUUUUUAAAGUAGAAAUUACUGGUAAAAGAGAGUUUAAACAGAUAAGAAAUUACGUUUUAACCAAGAUUGGAAUAUAUAUUGA